GCUGUUGGCAUUCCUGGCGGAUCUCCCGGGACCACCCCCGCCGCGUCCACUCCGGUCACAGGGCAUAAGCGCAUGGUCAUUCCCAACCAGCCUCCCUUGACCGCCACGAAAAAGUCGGCCACACCCAAGCCCAUCCCGGUGACGCCCGUCGGGACCCUGAAGCCGCAGCCCGUCGCGGCACCCUACGCGACGGCCGCCACAUCUACCCGUCCCCCGUUCAAUGUCCAGGCGAAGUCCGCUCAUCCUGCCUCCCACUUCCCACCCUCGGCUCCCCAGUACGGGGGUGGCCUGGCCCCCCAGCCUGCUCCUCCCAUGGGGCCCUACAUGCCGACGCCCCCGCGGGCACCCGAUUACGGUUACGUGCCCCCGCCGGCGAUGGGCUACGGAUCCGCGCCGCUGCCGAGCGCCCCUCAAAGAAGCUGGGAGGGAGCCGAGCCUUCCUACGGGCCCCCUGGAAGCACCUGGAAGCCUGAGCCAGCGUAUCCCCCAGCCGUGGGGCAGUACCCGUCCUCUGGAGCCAGGAAGAGCCACGGCUAUGCCCCAGUGCCAGCCUCUCAGCUGCCCACCUUGCAACCAAAGGUAAGAACCAGGGAGAGAGUUGAACAUGGAUGCAAAAUGGGCAUAUU